CCAAAAUCAAAUUGUACAACGGCGGUCUCUCUCUCUCUCUGAAUACGACGACGACGGCUACGACCCCUCCUUGCUUUUCCCAACCGCUUUCUGUGACUCUAUAGCAAAAUGAUGUCUUCGUCCGAACCAGGAGGGUCCUCUGUUACGGGCCAACUCAGCCAUGCGCAGCGGCAGUAUCAGCAAUUGCUGGACCGCAUCACGCCUUUUGUGUUGUACAGAUGGGUGGGGACGGCCGGGCUGCUCGCGGUGUUCGGCCUGAGGAUUGUGUUCGCGCAAGGAUGGUAUAUCGUGUGCUACGCCCACGCAAUCUACCUCCUGAACCUCCUGCUCGCCUUCCUCCAGCCCAAGUUCGACCCGUCGCUGCAGGACGACCUGCUGGCAGACGAGAUCGAGGGCGGCGGGGAGGACGCCAGCUCCUCGCUGCCCUCGCAGCGCGACGACGAGUUCCGGCCGUUCGUGCGGCGGCUGCCAGAGUGGCAGUUCUGGCUGUCGGCGACGCGCGCGAGCGUGCUAGCGCUCUUCUGCACCUUCUCCGAGGUGUUCGACAUCCCGGUCUACUGGCCGAUCCUCGUCAUGUACUUCUGCAUCCUCUUUGCGCUCACGAUGCGCCGGCAAAUACAACACAUGAUCAAGUACAAGUACAUUCCGUUCGACUUUGGGCGGAAGGUCCGCUACGGGAGCCAUUGACGGGCGUGUAGACCGUGGGACGGCCGGCACCCAUACCCUCGUUAGGUCAUAGCGUACAGGAUUGCGGGGACUACUGUAUAUGUUUGCACAAAUAAUGUUGAAUGCGACAUCUUGUUCGCAUCUGGACUAUGCUUUCGAU